GUGAUUUUAUGGCGCGAAGUCCUAGACCGAUUCCGGUAAAAUGACAGAGAGUCGUUUCACGAAAUUUCAACUUCAGGGACUGUUGUUGUCGUGCACGGAUGGCCACGUGUCAAAUGAAUUCGAACAGGACGAGUACAAAGUGCAACAAUCUACGACGUUUGUGAAGAAGCUGGUCACUGUCGCUGUCUCUACAAUCAUGUACAUGAGAGGUAUAUUUCCAGAGAAGUGCUUCGGGGAUCGAAUGGUUGGUGAUCUUCUUGUUAAGCUCAUCAGACCGGUUAAAGAUGACAAUGCCAUUGGGCAAUUGAUUCAAUUAAUGGGUGGCUGUUAUGAUGCAAUCGAGAAACGCUAUCUGAAGAAAAUGACAGUCUUGGUGUGCUCAAGUGAUGACGACAUGGAGACGGUGGUGGAGUCUUACACGUGUGAGAUGUCGUACAUGGGAGGAAACUUGUGUGUGUCGAGAAACGGUGAGGAAGUGUUUGACUCUUCUGGUGGGAAGGAAAUCAAGGAAUCGACUGUGAGACUAAUGAGGAGCCUUCUUCUUUCAAUGCAAACAUUCGAUUCACUACCCGGAGAGCUUUACAUUUAUCUGAAGUUGGCAUACUAUCCUGAUGUUACUCCUGAUGAUUAUCAUCCACAUGGGUUUGUGCAAGCACAGCCAAAUGCGUUUAAAUUUGCUGGUGAAGAUUCACUGAAAUUCAUCAUUGGACAAGUUCAUACUCCGUUUCAUAGCAUUGGAGUCCACGUGAAGAGCGUCUUUUGUCAAGAGUGGAAGCCUGGUGGUGAAGACAAGGAGAUCGACUUGUCACAGACAGAGCACAGCGGAGAGAAGAAACAGAUGGAGGUUGACAUCGCAAACAGAUCAACCACUGAACAAACAGCCUCGAAAGCAUUGACAUCCGUCAAACCUCAAGCCAUUCUUAACGACAAGAAAUCACCAGGUCUACGGAAAGGAAGUACAUUGAAGAAACGGGUGCCAACUCCUCAUUCCAAGGUGACUGAAGCCAAGGGUGCUAAUCAGCAAAGUAGACAAGCGACACUUGCCUAUCGUUCAUGUAGUCCUGACCUGCCAGUUCAAGAGGCUGCACGUCCUGAAUCGGCUACAUCUCCUGUUUAUACGGUUCGCUGUCCGUGUCACUUUAGCAUGGAUGAUGGCUUGAUGGUGCAGUGUGAAUUGUGCAACACAUGGCAGCACUGCAUCUGCUUUGGUUUGGUGACAGAAUUGGAUGUGCCUUCUAUCCACUGUUGUGUUGUGUGCUCUAAAGAACGUAAAGCGGCCUGUUCUGAUCCUAAUUUGGCUACUCUCCACGGUGUUGCUCUACGUGCGAUGUGUCUUUGGCGGAAGGCAGUUUUUGCAGUCUUGACUGAACACACAUCAGAUCCGUUUACUAACUCUGAUCUCGCGGAACGUUUAGACAUUGAAAUGAGUGUAUCUCAGGGUAUUCUCAGACGUCUUGAAAGAGAAGGAUUUGUGAAACCCAAAUGCAGCAUAGGAAGAGGGAAAAAGUCUUUCAUUGCAGCAAAGACGUUAUCUGUGCUGGAGCUCAAAGAGUAUUUCAAGGAGUCCAUUGAAACGUUUCAGAUGAAAGGCAAAUCUGCUGGCUGCAAUGUUCAAGAAAAUCAGGUCGAGAGUUUAACUCAGAAGACAGCAGGACUGCAGCUAAUCAACAGGAAAAGGGCAAUCACUGACUUGACAGAAAACAGCUUUCAUCACGAAGAGAGCACCACCUCUCCGGAUAAACGUUUGUACUCCAAACGUCUGGCAAGGCGAGCUUUAGAAAGAAUGGGAGCACCACCUCCAGCUGAUUGUACUCAUGACUCAGAACUGAUGGACAGUCAACCAAAACGACGUAAACAAAGCAUCAGUAAGAAAGCAAUUCGAGUGUGACUGUUGUGAGACGACAUACCAUUGAAGGUGAUAGAGUGAGGUGAAUAUAGAAGGAUUAUUGUCUGUUGUCAGGUAUAUUAGGAUACAGUUAUAGUACACACCAAGGACACAUACAGUUAUCAGACAUCUUACCAUUUUCCAUGCAUGAUAUAAGUUAUGCUUGCUGCUUUACCAUUCACUUUGAGCAUCACUAGAUUUCAUAUGACUAUGUCCUCUUCGCAUUCUCAUAACAGAAUUCUGGCUGGCUGAUAUACUGUAUGUGUAGUAGUGGGAAUGGUUGCCAGACGUGUGAUGUUGAUUUUGUUUUAAUGUAGAAUUUAGAGUGCAUGGUCAAUGGAGGGUCUAUUACAAGUAUAUGUCUACUUGUACAUGAAGAAAGA